UAGUCAACCACCCACUGCAGGAGACUGGGGGAUGUUAUACUGCCCUGGAUACAAAUCAUCGUUGUAGGAAUAUUGACCAAACAUAAAUUUGUUGAAUCUCAACAGCAAAGAUUGGAUCAUCUUUCGGACUGUAAAACUUUGUUAAAGUUUUCAUCCACAUGUUUCAGCGCCUGUUUUACCAGAAAGUGUCUGAAGACUCAAGGAACUAGUAAUGGACCAGAACCUGUUUGGAGGGGCCCCCAGGUUUCUCACGCGGCCCAAGGCCUUCGCAGUGUGCGUGGGAAAGGAUGCCACCUUGAGCUGCACCAUUGUGGGCAACCCCACCCCACUGAUUACCUGGGAAAAGGAGAAGCUACGUCUGACCUCUGGGGGCCGCUUCAAGAUGGUGGAUGAUGGUGACGUCUACCGCCUCACCAUCUACGAUCUAACCCUGGAGGACAGCGGCCAGUACAUGUGCCGGGCCAAAAACAAUGUUGGGGAAGCAUAUGCAUGCGUAACCCUUCACGUAGGCCUUCCACAGGAGAUGGUGGAGAGGGCCCCCGUCUUCAUGGUUAAGCCUACCUCCGCACGAGUAGGCCUGGGGGGCGACGUGGUCUUCCACUGCCGGGUUGCGGCUUACCCAGAGCCCAAAUUUGACUGGGAGAAGGACGGGCGUUACCUGGCCGAGACGAACCGCAUCAAGGUGACAUCGGACAGUGACAGCAGCUCUCUGAGGAUCCAGAGCGUGCGCAGCCUGGACAGCGGCACAUACACUUGCCGCGCCCAGAAUUUGGUAGGCCGCUCUAACUCCGCCGCCACCUUGGUUAUAGACACCCAGGACUCCCGUCACCUGGGCAAGGACAAGAGCACCUCCCUCCUCUCCCACCUCCAGAAGCGUAAAGAAGGGAUCUCUAUCUACUGCACUGCCGAGACCAGCAGCUCCACUUACAACUCCACCACCACUUCCUCGACCGCCACCACUAUGGUCACAGACGGGCUGAGCCUUCUGGGUCUAGACCACAGCAGCGCAGCGCUGGUCAGUCAUCUGCCCAAAGGCGUCUUCACCCGCACCUGCACAGUGACUGAAGGCAAGCACGCCAAACUCAGCUGCUUCGUGACGGGCCACCCCAAGCCUCACAUCAUCUGGAGGAAGGAUGGGGGGAACAUUGGCGAGGGACGCAGACAGAUCAUGUAUGAGGACCAGGCUGAGAACUUCAUCCUCAAGAUCCUGUACUGCAAACAGAGGGACAAUGGUCUGUACACCUGUAACGCCUCCAAUAUGGCUGGACACACCUACAGCGCCGUGCUGGUGAUAGUUAAAGAGCCCAAGGUGCCGUUCAGGAGGAAGCUGCAGGAUGUGGAGGUCCAGGAGAAGAUGACGGCCACGCUGCUGUGUGAGGUUCCCAUCUCCACCACCCAGGCCAGCUGGUUCAUGGAGGAGACGCGACUGGACGACUGCUCCAAGUACCGAAUGGAGGAGGAGGGCACCAUGCGGCGCCUCACCAUCCACAACGUCACCACCAAUGAUGAUGCCGUCUACAUCUGCGAGAUGAAGGAGGGGAGCCGCACCGUGGCCGAGCUCACUGUGCUGGGCAACAUCACUAAGAAGCUGCCCAGGAGGACUGUAGUGCCAGUGAGUGAUACAGUGAUCUUCUGCGUUGAGCUGGAGCACCCCUGUUCUGACGCCUACUGGACACGCAAUGCCGAGCGUCUGAAGCCGGACACACGCAUAUUAAUUGCGUGCACCCUCAGGCAAUACACUUUAACCAUCAGCCACUGCCAAGCUGACGACUCAGGAGAGGUGGCCUUCAUGGCUGGAGACUGCAAGACCUCCACAAGAUUCUCUGUCACAGCUGCCAGAAAGCAUCCUCCUGAUCCCCCCAUCGAUGUGGUGGUGCGCAACAAGACUGACUCAUCCAUCACCCUCCACUGGUCCCCCCCAGACAGUGACCGCCCUGUGCCCAUCAAGGGGUACAUGGUAGAGAGGAGGAAGGUGGGUGCCCAGACCUGGCAGAGGUGCAAUGGCAUGGAGAUCAGCCUCUUUACUGAGAUCACGAUCCAGAACUUCACAGAGGAGGCCAGCUACCAGUUCCGCAUUUCUGCAGUCAACAACUAUGGCCAGAGCCAAUACCUGGAGGUUCCCGGGACCUUCUACCUUGAGCCCAGUGCAGAGGUGAAAACAGGCCUGAUGAACAGCACAGCCAUCUCAGGUGAGGAGGCCUCACUCUCCGUGGAUCUGUCUUCCGUGUGCUCUGGCGUCUGGUCUAUCAACGGACGCCUCCUGCGUAGUGGUGGUGACUACCUCAUCACCCGCCAAAAGACCACACACACGCUGAUGAUCCGGACGGUCUUGAUGGAGAUGAACGGAGCCGUGGUCAAAUUUGUGGGCGGUGGCUCUGAGAGCACUUGUAUACUCAAAGUGAAGGCUCCACCUAUCCGGUUCACCAGUAAGUCUGCUCACACUGAGGUGGUGACCUGCAGCGCCCAGUCCUCCGCCCAGCUGACCACAGAGGUGUCUGAUUACCAUGCCCAGGUGGUCUGGAUGAAGAAUGGACGGGAGCUGAAGAUGGGCAAGAAGUAUGAGUGCAUAACCACUGACCACAAGAGGAUCCUGAUGGUACACAAUGUCACUGAAGAGGACACGGGAAUCUAUGAGUGUGUCCUAAACGAAGACAGAAUGUCCCUGACGCUUUCUCUAAAAGAUGAAGCAAAAUUCCUGAACAAGCCCAGGGGUCCCAUGGGGGUGGCACCUGCCCUCAGCGGGGACCUUGAGUUGAACUGUGAGGUAUCAUCUGCCAGCGGGGUGGUGGUGUGGAGGAAGGAUCAGACAGUGGUCAUUGAGGACCAAAGAACUACCAUUGUCUCCAAAGGGACACAGAGGAGACUGGUCAUCAAGAACGCCAAGAAGAGUGACGAGGGACACUACUCCUGCGAGACAGCGGAAGACAAAGUCACAUUCCAGGUCAAGAUAAAAGAAGUUCAACAGGCUGCCUUCACCAACAAGGACUCUGUACAGAAGGAAGUGAGAGCUACUCUCUCCCAGAAAGCCACUCUGAGCUGUGAGGUGUCAGAUACCAAGACAGAGGUGAAAUGGUACAAGGAUGGCAAACAGAUCAUUGCAAGUAAAACAGUUUCCAUGGAGACAAAGGGCAAGAGUCGUCAGUUGGUAGUAGACAAAAUGGAGAAAAAGGAUGCUGGAGAGUACACCUGUGAAGCUAGAGCAGAGAAGCUGGUCUUUAAAAUACAUGUGUCAGAAGCCCAACAGGCUGCCUUCACCAAUAAGGACUCUGUACAGAGAGAGGUGAAAGCUACUCUCUCCCAGAAAGCCACUCUGAGCAGUGAGGUGUCUGAUACCAAGACGGAGGUGAAAUGGUACAAGGAUGGCAAACUGCUGACUUCCAGUAAGACAGUCUCCAUGGAGACAAAGGGCAAGACUCGUCAGCUGGUGAUAGAGAAGGUAGAGAAGAAGGAUGCUGGACAGUACACCUGUGAGGUUGGAGCAGAGAAACUGGUCUAUGAGAUACAGGUGACAGAAGCCCAGGCUACCUUCUCCAGUAAGGACUCUGUACAGAGAGAGGUGAGAGCUGCUCUCUCCCAGAAAGCCACUCUGAGCUGUGAUGUGUCAGAUACCAAGACGGAGGUGAAAUGGUACAAGGAUGGCAAACUGAUGACUUCCAGUAAGACAGUCUCCAUGGUGACAAAGGGCAAGACUCGUCAGCUGGUGAUAGAGAAGGUGGAGAAGAAGGAUGCUGGAGAGUACACCUGUGAGGUUGGAGCAGAGAAACUGGUCUUUAAGAUACAUGUUACAGAAGCACAUCAGGCUGCCUUCACCAAUAAGGACUAUAUACAGAAAGAGGUGAAAGCUACUCUCUCCCAGAAAGCCACUCUGAGCUGUGAGGUAUCAGAUGCCAAGAUGGAGGUGAAAUGGUACAAAAAUGGCAAACUGCUGACUUCCAGUAAGACCGUCUCCAUGGAGACAAAGGGCAAGACUCGUCAGCUGGUGAUAGAGAAGGUGGAGAAGAAGGAUGCUGGACAGUACACCUGUGAGGUUGGAGCAGAGAAACUGGUCUAUGAGAUACAGGUGACAGAAACUCAAGCAGCUUUCACCAAUAAGGACUCUGUACAGACGGAGGUGAAAGCUACUUUCUCCCAGAAAGCCACUCUGAGCUGUGAUGUGUCUGACACCAAGACGGAGGUGAAAUGGUACAAGGAUGGCAAACUGCUGACCUCCAGUAAGACAGUCUCCAUGGAGACAAAGGGCAAGACUCGUCAGCUGGUGAUAGAGAAGGUGGAGAAGAAGGAUGCUGGAGAGUACACCUGUGAGGUUGGAGCAGAGAAGCUGGUCUUUAAGAUACAGGUGACAGAGGUCCAGGCUGUCUUCACCAACAAGGACUCUGUACAGAAGGAGGUGAAAGCUACACUCUCCCAGAAAGCCACUCUGAGCUGUGAGGUGUCUGAUACCAAGACGGAGGUGAAAUGGUACAAGGAUGGUAAGGUGCUGACUUCCAGUAAGACAGUCUCCAUGGAGACAAAGGGCAAGACUCGUCAGCUGGUGAUAGAGAAGGUGGAGAAGAAGGAUGCUGGACAGUACACCUGUGAGGUUGGAGCAGAGAAGCUGGUCUUUAAGAUACAGGUGACAGAAUCCUCUGCCAAGUUUAAAAAGACUGCCAUGAAGGAUAUAUGCAGUGUUCAAGCAAGUGAGAAGAUUGUUUUGACCACUGAGCUGACUUCGGAGAGUGCCAGUGUCAAGUGGUUCAGGGAUGGAGUAGAGUUGAAGGAAGGCACUAAAUAUGAGAUGAAGAGAGAGGGACACUCUCGUACCCUGAUUGUGAAGUCCACCGAAGUCAAAGACAGUGGCACCUACUCUUGCCACACUGAUGAUGACAAGCUUGAGUUCAAAGUUCAAGUCAAACAUACACCGCUGAAGUUUGUGGUGCAGUUGCAGCCUGUAGCCACAGAGCUGGGUGUUACGCUGACCCUGACCUGUGAACUGAACCAAGCCUCAGGGGACGUACUCUGGCGCCAAAACAGUCGUGAGGUCAAACCCGGUGGCAGGUUCUGUGUCAGCACUGACGGUGCCAAGCGGGUCCUUACCAUAACAGGAAUGACCAAAGAGGAUGAGGGAGAGUACAUCUGUGAAUGCAAAGAUGAUAAGACCUCUGCCAAGGUCUCCACCAACGCCCCCAGACUGGUGAAUCUGACUUCCAAGCUGAGCAGCAUCGCUGCAGUGGAAGGGAAGGAUGUCAUCUUCAAGUGUAGUGUCACACCAGCAGACGUCAAAGUAAAAUGGUUCAGCAACAACGUGCCAAUCACUGCUGGGCCCAAGUAUAAGAUUGAGCACGGGGCCACCAGCCACUCCCUCACCAUCACGUCAGUCAGUCAGGAGGAUGCUGGGGAGAUCCGCAUGGCAGCUGAGGGCAAAACCUGCAGCGCUACCCUCCAAGUGCAACUGGAGCCGGUGAUGUUCAAGAAGAAGCUGCAGAACGUGACGACGGUAGAGGAUCAGAAGGGAGUGAAGCUGGAGGUGGAGCUUAGUAGACCCUCUAAAGAGGUCAGGUGGAUGAAGAACAGCGUGGUGCUGCAGCCCGGAGGCAACAUGGACAUCAGGGUGGACGGGGCCAAGCAGACCCUGGUCUUCAAGAGUGUGACUACCGCUGACCGCGGCUAUUACUCCUGUGAAACUCUGGAUGACAAGACCCAGGCCAAACUCACUGUGGAUGUGCAGAAGAUUGAGGUGGUGAAGGGCCUGCUGGCCGAGGUCAAGGCCAAUGAGAAGGAGACAGUGACCCUGGAGGUGGAGCUCAGUCAAGCUGACGUGGAGGGAUCCUGGACCAGGAGCGGAGCCAAGCUCAAGGCAGGGUCCAACUGUCGCAUCACGGCCCUUGGAAAGAAGCAUGCCCUUACACUGUCCCAACUCAAGAUGGAGGACGCAGGAACAAUUGUCUUCCAAGCGGAAGGGGUCAAGUCUUCUGGCAAGCUCAUUGUUGAAGAACCUGCUGCCAUGAUCUCUAGGCCCAUGGAGGAUGUCAAAGCUCCAGAGAAGGAAAAGGCAACACUUGAGUGUGAGGUGUCCAGAACCAAUGCUGAGGUCAAGUGGUUCAAGGGUGAUACGGAACUAAAACCAGGAAAGAACUUUGGCAUCCACUCCCAGGGUCGCACACGUAGCCUCCUCAUCCAUAAAUGUUCCAAAGAGGAUGAGGGCACAUACGUUUGUCGAAUGUCUGACGACAAUACAUCAGCCAAACUCACUGUACAUGCCCGAGACAUUAAGAUAGUGAAGAAGCUGGAGGAUGUGGAGGUGAUGGAGAAGGAGAGUGCGUCAUUCAUGUGUGAGAUCUCUCACGAUGAUGUGGCCUGCCAGUGGUUCAAAGGAGACACCAAACUCAAAGUCGGUGACAACAUCAAGAUGAGACAAGAGGGUAAAAUCUAUGUGCUACUGAUUAAAUCGGUGACACCAGAAGACGUGGCGGAGAUUAAAUUCACAGCUGAAAAGGCCUCUUCAACAGCCAAACUGACAGUGAAAGGCAAAGCCCAAUCUGUGUCACGGGAGCUGCAGAGCGUCAGCGUUGUCUCAGGGGAGGAUGCUGUGUUCACCUGUGAGGUCACACAGACCAGCGCCACUGUCCAGUGGGCCAAAGAUGGGAAGGACAUCCGGAAGAGUGAGAAGUAUAACAUCAGCAAAGAGGAGGGGGUCAUGAAGUUGACCGUCCGCAGCGUCACUGUCCAGGACUCUGGAGAAUAUAGUUGUGAGGUCAUCGGAGGAGCCACUACCAAGGCCAAGCUGGUGAUCAAAGAGCCAGUCCACAAGUUCACCAAGGAGCUGAAGGACAGUGAGGCGGAAGAAAAGGGCUCAGUGACUCUACAGUGUGAGACGGCCCAGCCUGCCUCCAAGGCCACCUGGUCCAAGGGAGGCAUAGAGCUCAAGGCCGGGGGACGCUGCGAGAUGACCCAAAAGGAGACCGUUCUCACACUUACCAUUAAACAGCUGGAGGAGAAAGACAGCGGAACUUACACCUGUGACGUGGGCACCGCCAAGAUGACGGCUAAGGUGACAGUCAAAGGGGCCCCUGUGGUGUUCAAGAAGGAGCUGGAGAGCCAGGAAGCAGUUGAGGGGGGCAGUGUCUCCCUGACCUGUGAGAUCAGUGCUGAGGGCAAGGUGACCUGGAGAAGGGGCUCCGUGCUCCUCACCCAGGGGGAGAAGUAUUCCAUGGAGCACACAGGUUCUACCUACAUCCUGAUGGUUCACAAGCUGAAGGUCGCGGAUGCUGGAGAGUACACCUGCGAUACUGGGGAUAAGCAGAGCACGGCCACCCUGACAGUCAAAGAGUCUGUACGCAUCACUCGGGAGCUGCACGACAUCACAGUGACCACCGGGCAGGAUGCUGUCUUUGUGUGUGAGUUGUCCCAGGAGGGCGUAACCAAUGGAGAGUGGUGGCUAGGGGAUAACCUCCUCCAGAACAACGACCUGAACCAGAUGACCUUCCAGGGCCGGGUGCACCGGCUGACACUGCAGAUGGUCACCACUGAUGAGUCAGGGGACGUGGCGUUUGUGGUGGGCGAAGAGAAGACCGUCGCCUGCCUACUGGUGGAAGAGAAGCCCAAAGUCUUAAUCCUAGAGAAGCCUCAUGACACAGUGGCCCUGGAGGGUGAGACAGUCACCCUGUCCUGCACCGUCUCCGACCCCACGGCCACUAUCAACUGGAGCAGGAAUGAUGUUGCAAUCAAAGCAGGCCUCAAGUACGACCUGCGGAAGAAUGGCGCUCUCAUGCAGCUCCGUAUCCACAACCUGGACAUGGAGGACUCUGGAACUUACUGCUGCGAUACCGGGGAUGCACAGUCCACCGUCACAUUGACUGUGGAAGGUGCCCCGGCAUUCUUCCAGAAGGAGCUGAAGAACAAGGAAGCCCAGGAAGGCGAUGAUAUCACUCUGCGCUGUGAGCUCUCCAAGGCGUGCACUCAAGUCGAAUGGAGGAAGGGAGGCAUGGUCCUCCAGGCUGGUAAGAAGUAUGAGAUGAGGCAGGAGGGCUGCGUUCAGGAGCUCCGCAUUCGUAACCUGGAGCCAGAGGACAAUGGCUACUACACCUGCGAUGCUGGAGACCAGCUCACCACGGCGUCGGUGGCAGUGCAAGAGGCAGAAGUCCUCAUAGUGUGUGGUCUAAAGAGCACCGAUGUCUUUUUGGGCGAGUGGGCCACCUUCUCCUGCCAGCUGUCCCGCGGUGUGAGGCCCGGGGAGGUGCAGUGGUGGCUGGACGGGACCCUUCUCCAGGACAGCCCCUCCAGCGAGAUAGGGCUGAGCCAGGGCCACGUCCACACCCUCACCCUAAAGGACCUGGCCCCGGACGCCUCGGGCACCGUCACGUUCAAAGCCUGCAGCCUGGUGUCCUACGCCAAGCUCUUAGUUAAAGACCCCACAGUAGAGGUGGUGAGCGAGAUGCAGGACCUGCGGGUGGCUGAGGACAAGCCGGCUGAGUUCAUCUGCCAGUACUCCCGGCCGGUCCAGGCCCAGUGGAAGAGAGACGGUCGGCCAUUGCAGCCUGACGGCCAGAGGGUGGUAGUGGAGCAGGACUGGACCGUGGCUCGCUUGUACAUUAGCCACGUGUCCACUGAGGACAGGGGGAGAUACUCCUGUGAGGCAGAGGGGACCUGUGUGGUUGCCUUACUGGAGGUGGAAGCCAAAUCCAUUGAAAUCCUACAAGGCUUGGAGAACAUGGACACCAUUGACGGCGGGGAGGCCCUAUUCGAGUGCUCUAUCUCUCGUUGCGAGAUCAAAGACUGCCGCUGGCUGAUCGGGGGCAAGCCGGUGAAGGAGUCGCCCACCACGGAGAUCGUGUCCUUCGAAAGUGGACGCCGCCACCUCUUGCUGCUCAAGGAUCUGCACGUUGGAGACAGCUGCAAAGUUACUUUCCAAGCCGGCACCGCAACAACCUCCGCCAUGCUCAACGUCAAAGGCUGGCAGCUGGAUGUGGUGAGUGGUCUGGAGGACAAGGUAGCUGUGGUGGGAGAGACUCUCGAGUUCAGCUGCAUGCUGACUGAGCCUGUGCCUGAGGCGGAGGUAGCCUGGUACUCUAACGGAGCCGAGCUAAAGGCUGAUGACACCUGGGGCAUGAGGGCUGACGGCUGCUCCUACCACCUGGUGCUUAGACAGGCACCAGCCAUGCCACCACAGGAGAUCACCUUCGCUGCCAGGGACGCCAUCUCCAUGGCCAAGCUCACCAUCAUCACUGUUCCUGACCCCCCGGAGGACCCAGAGCUGGUCAGUAAGAGUAAGCAGGCGGUGACCCUGUCUUGGUUCACACCCCUCAGCAACGGAGGCAGCCCUAUUUUGGGCUACAGGGUGGAGAUGAGGCUGGCGGACAGUGUCCUCUGGCUGCCGUGCCAUGCAGAGCCUGUGUGUAACACAGAGUUCUCUGUGGAUAACCUCAUCCCAGGGAGCGGCUACAGGUUCAGGGUGGCAGCCAUCAAUAGAGCUGGGACAGGAGAACCUGUCCAGCUGCCUCAGAGCGUUCAGCUGGAGGCUCCAGUGACAGUGACCCAACAGUUGGCCUGUCCAGACCUGCAGGAGGGUAAGAUGGCCCGUGUGGAGUGUGACCUCUCUGCUGAGGGCAGCUCGGUCACCUGGCUCAAAGACAACAAGGAGCUGGAGUAUGGAGUAAAAUACCAGGUCACCACAGAGGGCAAGACACAAGUGCUGCUGAUCAAAGACUUUGAGUCUGCUGACCAGGGUGUGUACACCUGUGUGGCCUCAGACGAGGCAGAAAGCUCCCUUAAUCUCAACCUACCAAAAGGUGGAGAUGGGGUUCAGUUGGAGGAGGGGGCCCAGCCCAGCCUGCCUCCUGAGGCUGCCUCCGAGGGUGAUGUCCAUGCACUGUGGGAGGACCUGGCCAAGAAACGCCGCAUGAGCCGAGAGCCCACCCUUGACUCCAUCUCUGAGCUGCCUGAUGAGGAGGACAAGGAGCCCAAGACACCCAAGGGACCAGUCAAGGAGAAGAAAGCCCCGGAGAAGGUGGGGAUGAAAGCCCUGGAGAAUGAGAAAGUUGAUGUGAAAGCCCCGGAGAAGGAGAAGGUGAAGGUGAAAGCACCAGAGAAACAGAAGGUGAAAGAAAAGGAAAAGGUCGUAGAGCAUGUCAUCGUCCCUAAGAAGAAGGUGUUGGAGCCAAACUUGUACACCAGCUCUGAGGAUGAGUCCAGGCCUCCAACACUGGUUUCCUACCUGAAGAAGAGCAGCAAGUCCUCCCUCUCUGUGUGUGACCAGACAGAGUCCAUCUCCACUGAGAAGUUCUACGCACAGUUCAAGUUGAAAGAGGAGACCACAGUCCAACAGACUUCAUCUUCAGUACAGCAGAUCACAGCACAGACCACAGACGAGGAGGACGAAGAAAAGGGGCUGCUGGAUGCUGCUGUAAAGAUCCAGGCUGCCUUCAAGGGGUACAAAGCCCGCAAGGACAUGCGUCCAGUCUUCAAGGACGUCUUCAAGGACCAGACCAAGGAACCCAAUGGCACCAUCCACCUGGAGUGUGUGGCGGAGGGCAAGCCAGAGAAGGUGCGCUGGCUGAAGGAUGGGGAGCACCUGGCGGACGGCAAGCACCACCACAUUGACAUCUACAACGAUGGCACCUGCUCUCUGGUAAUCACCGCCGUAACCACCAAGGACACGGGCGUCUACACCUGUGAGGUCACCAACAAGUUUGGGGUGACCACCCACAGCGGCAAGGUGACGGUGGGCUCGGCGCGGGAGGCAUCUGGAAGGAGGCCCCUGACCAUGGGCUACAGUGCCGACAGCGAGGCGGAGAGCUCGUCGGCAGAAAGCGAGAUGGACGAGUCUCUGAGGCAGGCUAGCAAACGGCUGCGCCGCCUCCUCCGCACACGCCUGCCGGCCACGUCGGAGGAGGAGUCGUUCGUCAGCUGUGAUGAUGAGGCUGAGCUGCAGGCCCCCGACCCCAAAUCGUACCGCGAGGACGAGCGAUACAUCUACAUCCGCUUCGACAAGCGGUCUGAGGCCCAGGUGGCGUCUCAGCGCUUCAAAGAGAUGUUCACGGCCCAGGGGGUCCCUGUGGAGACCACCAUCCAGGAGGCUGGACCUCUCAAAGUGGAGCUGCGCAUCAUGAAGAUGGGAUACACUCAAGAUGGCUCUGCAACACCCACACAGGAGAAGCAGCUGCCUGCGUUCAUGACAGGAGCCCCCGCUGCCCCAGUCUUCCUGACUGAACUCCAGAGCCAGGACGUGCCAGACGGUUACCCGGUCAGCUUUGACUGCGUGGUGAUUGGGAAGCCUCCACCCAGUGUGCGUUGGUUCAAGGAUGGUAAACUGCUGGAGGAGAACGACCACUACAUGAUCAACGAGGAUCAGGAGGGCUGCCACCAGCUCAUCAUUACCACCGUGCUGCCCUCUGACAUGGGCGUCUACCGCUGUAUGGCUGAGAACACCAGCGGCAUCGCUGCCACCAAGGCUGAGCUCAGGGUCGACAUGUCUUGCAGCUCAGACUACGAUACUGCAGCUGAUGCCACUGAGACCGGCUCCUAUAUCAGUGCCAAGGGUUACAUGUCUAGGGAAACGGAAGCCUUUGAGUCUGUGGUAGAGGAUGAGCAGAUGCCACAAGUACUGGAUGAACUCCAUGAUGUGCACGUCAGCCCAGGCUCACCCAUCGCUAAGAUGCAGCUGAAAGUCAAAGGGUUCCCUAGUCCAAGGGUGUACUGGUUCAAGGACGGCCACCCGCUGCGUUCCUCAGACAGGAUCCUGCUGCUGGACAAGCGAGACAUCCACAGCCUGGAAGUCCUGGAGGUGAAGAGGGAGGACACAGGAGAGUACUCUGCCUACAUCAGCAACGCUGCUGGAACAGCAUACUCCUCUGCUAGGCUGCUGGUUCUGGGUCCAGGAGAGCUCACGCCUGUAGAGAAGCACGAUCCCAAGGUGCCUCUGGUGCCGCCCCGCUUCCUGGAGAGGUUCAGCAACAGGAAGGUGAAACAGGGAGCCAGCGUCACCAUGUCUGUCCGAGUGGAAGGUUCUCCCACCCCAAUGGUGAUGUGGUUGAAAGAGGAGUCUGCUGAGGACGUGUUGUGGAUCAAGCCAGACACUAAGGGCUACAAGGUGGCCAGCUCUGGGCGCCAACACAGUCUCAUCCUGAUGGAUGUGGGCUCUAAGCAUGCAGGCACAUACACCUGCAUCGCCACCAACAAGGCCGGACAGUCCAUUUGCACUGCCCAAUUUGAAGUGGAGGAUGCACCACGACCAAAGGAAGAGACCACAAUCCCUCUGGGGAUUACUAUCAGCCCUCCAGACGAAGAUGUUGGCAGAGGAAAAAUGCAGUAUCUAGGUGAAGUUGGAACAGAAGAGUUCCUUAUGAAGCUCACCUCCCAGAUCACGGAAAUGGUAUCUGCCAAGAUCAGCCAAGCCUCACUACGUGUCCCGGGAGGCGAUAGUGACGACGAGACCAAGACACCCUCCGCCUCACCACACCACGGUCGCUCUCGCCCCGGCUCCAUUCUCGCUGACUCCUCCUCUGAGUCUGACGACCCUGAUGCCAGGGGAGAGAUGUUUGACAUCUAUGUGGCUACGGCUGACUACAACCCCACCAUCCCCAACAAAGAUACCAUUUCCCUGAAGGAGGGCCAGUAUGUUGAGGUUCUCGACUCGGCACAUCCACUCAAAUGGCUGGUCCGGACCAAACCCACCAAAACCACUCCAUCCCGCCAAGGCUGGGUCUCAUCUGCCUACCUGGAUAAAAAACUCAAGCUGUCUGAUGUUGCUGGUGACAUCCCAGAGGGAAGUGGAGAAGAGGUCUCAGAAGGAGAGUACAAGAAGAGACUACUCCAACUGAUUCAAGACCUGAUCAACAGCGAGGUAGAGUUUGUCAAAGAGAUGGACUUCUUCACUUCCCACCACGUCAAGCAAGUGGAGAGCCUUGACGCCCCAUCUGACGUCACCAGCCAGAAGGAGGCCAUAUUCAGGAACAUCAACGAGAUCAAGGCCUUCCAUAGCGAGUCCAUGCUCCCUAAGUUGAGCCACUGUGACACUGAUGACGACGUGGCCAUGCGCUUCCUGAGGAGUGGCGAGGGCUUUGAGAAAUACCUCCAGUACCUCGUAGGCCAGCAAAAGGCAGAGGCCGCUAUCAGUGACAAGACCGUACACCACUUCUUCAAGGAAUACACAGACAAAGAACAGGCCAGUGCCGACCCUGCUGAAGGUCCUGUACUGAGCAUUAACGCCUACCUACAGAAACCUCUGGACAGAAUCCAGAAUUACAAGGCCUUGCUCAAGGAGCUGAUCAGGAACAAGGCCAGGAACGGUCAGAACUGCUGCCUGCUGGAGGAGGCCUAUGCCAUGGUUUCAUCACUGCCUCAGCGUUCAGAGAACACACACCACGUCUCCAUGAUAGAGAACUACCCUGCCACUCUGGAUGUAUUGGGGGAGCCCAUCAGACAGGGACCCUUCAUGGUGUGGGAGGGUGCACCUGGGGUAAGGUCCUCUUCCAGAGGUCACCAUCGACACGCGUUCCUCUUCAAAAACUAUGUCAUCAUCUGCAAAUCCAAGAGAGACACCAACACAGACACCCAGGGCUACGUCUUUAAGAACAUGAUGAAGCUGAACAACAUAGAUGUGAAUGAGACAGUGGAGGGUGACGACCGGGCCUUUGAGAUCUGGCACGAGCGUGAGGACUCUGUCAGGAAGUACACCCUUCAGGCUCGCACCGUCAUCAUCAAGAACUCCUGGCUGCGAGACCUCAGGGAGCUGCAGCAGCGCUACACCAUGCCUGCCUGGAGUAUGCCUGACUUUGAUGAGCUUCUGGCUGACUGCACAGCGGAGCUGAGACAGACGGUGAAACUGGCCUGCAAGGUUACUGGAGUACCCAAACCUGUGGUCACCUGGUACAAGGACGGGCGUGCAGUGGAGGCCGACCCUCACCACAUCAUUAUCGAGGACCCUGACGGUUCCUGCACCCUGAUCCUGGACAACAUGACGGCUGAUGACUCUGGACAGUACAUGUGCUUCGCCACUAGCACAGCAGGCAACGCCAGCACCCUGGGAAAGAUCACUGUCCAAGUGCCACCUCGUUUCUUGAACAAGAUGAGGAAUGCUGUCUUAAUCGUUGGUGAGGAUGCUCAGUUUUCCUGCACCAUCCAGAGCGCCCCCAGACCCAAGAUCAGGUGGUUCAAGGAGGGCAGGCUGCUGACUGACCAGGAGAAGUAUCAGACCUACACUGAGUCCCGUAGUGGAGUCCUGGUGCUGGUCAUUAAAGGGCCUACGGAGAGAGACCUGGGACACUACGAGUGUGAGUUGUCCAAUCGACUGGGCAGUGCUAAAUGUGCAGUUGAUCUGUGCCUUCCUUCUGCUGUGGCUAGAAGAGGAGAGCAGGCGAUCACCAUCGAAGUCACUGAGCAGGAGACUAAAACACCAAAGAAAACCAUCAUCAUAGAGGAGACCAUAACUACGGUGGUGAAGAACACCCGUAUGAAGCGUCGCGGCAUGUCUCCAUCUGGGUUCAACCGCUCCCAAACCACCACCCCAGAUCUCCCCACCACCCCCACCGGCACGGCCAGGCAGAGGAGGCAGGUUUCUGCCAGCAGGAAGACCACCAUCCCCACCCUGUACGUCACGGAGCCCGAGGGAGGUGCUGGGGCCCGGGCCGCAGAGAAUAGGUGGGUGGAGGUAGAGGAAAUCAUUGAGUACAAGGUCAACAAGUCGCCCAGGCUAUCCAGGAGAAGAGGGGUCUCCCCAGCUGGGUCGGAGCGAGCGAACACCCCCUCCUUCACCCGGCCACGGAGGUCCCCGAACCCCAACACCAACAAUUCCAACAACAAGCUGGUAGAGCUGCAGAACUCCUCCGACCUGGAGGGGGCUCAGCCUAUAACCUGGGAUGAUGAUGAGGAGGAUGAGAACGUGGCUGGGUCCGAGGUCGCCCCUGGACUCAGUGGAGAGGCCUACGAGGUCUCCUCUGUUCUAAUCCCUAACCACCAUGAACAUGAUGAGGCCUGGCUAGAGGAGCAGCAAGAGGCCUUUGUCACAGAACCGGAUGAUGAUGAUGAUGAUGAUAACAUGGAACCUCCCAGGAAGCUGGAGCCUAAGACCCUGACCCAGGCCGGUCGCGUUCUCACCCUGGAGGACUUGGAGGACUAUGUUCCCAGGGAGGGGGAGACCUACGGCUCCUCCAACACCAGGCCCUCCCCUGCCGAGAGACCCUGUGAGAUCUCUGUGCUUCAGAGGGAGAUUGGGGGCUCUGUCGUGGGCCAGCCAGUGCUGCUCAAUGUGGGGAGGCCUGUGGUUGUGCCCAGGGGGAGGCGCAGCCCUGGCUUCUUCAGCCGCUUUAGAGAGUACCUCUCAGGCAGCAUGUUCUCCCUGGCUGCCCCCCACCACCACCACCCCAGCUUAGGCCACUCUAGAAGGGAGAGAGAGAUUCCCAUCCAGGUCAGCCACGCUAAGCAAGAGGUCAAGCCUGCAUACUGCUCUGAGGUGCAGAGAGUGGAGGGAGGGCAGCAGAGAUACAAAACCAAAGUCUACACGUCAGUGGGCAAGCCAGUCACUCUUCAGAUUAGCCAGAACCCAUAUCAAAACCAAUAACCUAGUGUGUGAAAAUCAGUUGCUUGAUUAAAACCAAGCAGAUUUUUGUUAAUUGGUGAUACGUACAAUAGCCGUUUUAGUCUUAAAUGGGAACAUUACUACUUAAGUGUUAAAAAGCAUAUUCUAACCUUGCAUUUUCUUGCAAAUGGGAGUAUCAUUCCAUUUUGAAGCAACCCAUCUGAAAGUCAAAUGCAGACACAGGAAGUCAGUUGUUUUGGUCAGACAAAGUCAUUUUUAAAGGACAAAACAUCAAAAGGGGGUUGGAUAUGUUGUUUAGGCUAAAUGAUUUCCGAACGCCAUUGUAUACUAUCCAGGCUUCAAUUUAUUGUUGCCUUGCUUGCCACAUAUUUGAUUAUUUGAUGUACAGAAAAAUAUAGAAUAAUUGCAAGUCUUGCAACAUGGACUGACACCAUUUGAAAGUUUAAAAAAUCCAUCUGCUUUACCCUCAGGUGACAGAUGUUUUGAAUGUCAACAUCUUGAUGUUAAACUUCUGUUCUGUAGGAGAACAUCAGUACAGUACUAUAUUUCUCUCUGUGUGUUGUCUCUGAAGUUUACUGAAGAAGGAAUAUCCACCUUGACUUGUAGCAUAUCAGUUUAUAAAUAGGCUAACUAACUCCUGUGAAAGGAAAAAAGUUUGUCUCGACAGUAACUUACCAAACCAAUGACUUCAGCAACAAAAUUGCUAGAGGUACAAAAGAAGUCUAAAAGAGCAUUGACUACCGACAUUGCUGGAUUGUGUGAAACAUUGACGAUGUUCUUUCAACUGCAGUCACUGUCUGCUUGAGAAUACAAGAAAGCCAGAUUAAAGACUGAUACAUGGAUCAUUGAGUUGUACUUCAGAUUGGGCUGUCCUGUCCUAUGGAGAAGUCUAGAAUUUUCUAAGAAUUUCUAGAUGGGCAGUUACAUGUUGUGCAGUGCUGAUGCUUUUACAUUAACUGUAUAUCAUUCACUUGUGGUGUGGACUGUGGAAUGAUAUAGGUCUAUGAUUGUGUUAUACAGGUCUCGUAUAAAGGGUCUCUGUUUACUUUAGGUUAUAUACAUCCAAAACAUAGACCUAUAUAGGAUAUUUCAUUUUGAACUGGGUCAUUUGUUUUAUGGAAAGGCACUUCAUUAUCAGUUUCUUGAGAGCAAUAAAGAGUAGAUUGACCUCAGAUAAUUAAGUAUUUGUGAUUACUUUAAGGUAAAAUGUAAUUAAUUAUAUUUAGAAAAGUGACAGCAUGUUAUGUAUUAGCUUUUUGAAAGCUGAUUUGCGUGUUUAUCUGAUUGACGUAAUUUAAUUAACACAAUUAACACAAAACACUGUAACGCCAGCGCGUUUUGGACUUCUGGGUAGAACCAUUGGAUUUUGUCUUUCUUCUGCAUCCGUAGAUGCCAACCAUUAGUCUGUGUAAUUAACGGGGGCUGAGCUAGAGCUGUGUUUGUGAGACAAGGGCGGAUCCCAAAGGGGCCCUAGGCUGGGUCUUUUUACAAAAACGUAUGUAGUCUGAAUGAUUUGAGCUACAAACUAUUCAAAGAUAUUUAUGAAAAGGUGAGGCUCUCACGAACACGUGCAUGUAACUAUGACGCUCAAAACCUACACAAGAGUCAUUAGAAGGUAAGGGGUUGUUCUACAUAGAAGAUCAUAGGAAAUCCCAGGACAUAGUGUCUAUAAUAAGCUCACGUAGUGGCUCUCACAAAAUCUUAACAGUUGUCAUUUCCCAGUGAGCAUACAAUUUCUGUACUUACAGCAUUCAUAUCAAUUCAUUUGGUCAGGAUUUUGCUUUGGCAGAUACUUUUUUUUUAUUGACAUUUGUCAAUAAAACUCAUGAACGCAACUGUUUUAUGUCAAAUAGUUUUGUGUUCUACUUGUAGCCCUGGUUGUCCUGAAAAGAACACUCCAUUGUGAGGCUAAAUAUAAGGUCUGGACAUGCCCUUAUAAUAAAUGAAAGUCAGAUACAUUAAAAGAUGAUUUUUGCUGGGGUCGCGGGACUGACAGGGUUAAUAUUAAUCUUGUCAUGUUCGGUUCAGGGGAGAGCAGUUACAUAGUUAGUAGUGAGCCAUUGUACACUGGAUUUAUUAACUUUGUUGCAAUAUAUUGUUUUAAAAAGUGAAUUACCACUUUCCAAAGUAAGAGUGAUGUUUUGUUUUAUGUUAUUUUAAACGUCUUGUAAAAGCAUUGAAUGUUUAACUUUGUAAGAAAUUCAACAUAAAUCACAUAUAGGUUUUGACUGCCUGCACAUGUUUAGUUAAGAGAAUUAAUAGUUAAUGGAUUUUUGGGAGGUUACUCCCAAGUGUUUAAUGCACCAAAAUAAUUAAAUUGCAACUGAUGAACUGA